GAAAAAACCGAAAAACACAGCGGCAGGAAAAGCCGAGAGAGAGAGAGCAAUCGUCAAACCCUAUCUUCUCCUCCCCAAAUCCCAAAAUCAGUUUUGCUCUAUAUUAAGCGCAUCAUUUCAUAAAAUUCGACGCUGUUUUCGAGCCGUACGCUCAUGGUUCCUCCAAUUUUAGCUGUUAUUGAUGAUUCCUGGUUCUAGAAUCAAGUUCCCCUGACUCAUCGGAUAAGCUUCUCUGAAGCGUUUAUGGAGGAUUCUGCAGCGGCAUCUUUGGUUGCGGCGGAAGAUGGCCCAGAGUCGUGGGAGGUAGCUGAUGUGGAAGCUAGCGUGCGCCGCCUCUUACUGUCGUCCAAGAAGGAUUCAGAUGUUAGCUUCUUGGAUGAGACAACCAAGGGUUCCGGCUCCUGUUGCGGUUCGGAGUUGGAUUUGAAAUCGGGUUUGGGUUCGGGUACGGGGGAUGAUGUGAUUAGCAGCGUUGAUCAAUUCUUACGCGAAGCUAUACAGAAUCCUCGCGAGCGCCUCUCUGUUUUGCGAAUGGAGCAGGAAGUGGAGAGGUUCAUCCACGAUCCUACUCGGGAGCAGAUGGAGUUCCAACAGUUGCCCACUUCAUAUUUGCGAUUGGCUGCACAUCGUGUGGCACAGCAUUACUCGCUGCAAUCUAUGGUUUUGUUGGACAAUAACUUGCCUGAUGGGUCUGGCUCCCGGAUCAUUGUUCGGAAGACUUCUAAUAUACAGCUUCCUUUGAUUCGACUUGCUGACAUUCCUGUAAAUUUGCCUACAGAAGAGAGUGGUGCGGUUAAGGUUGCAAUUAAGCAGAGACCACAAAAAGGUUCACUUGUUAGUAAUAAGAACAAUAAUUUAAGUGCGCAUUCUGCAAAAUCAAAUAGUUCUAAGAGUGUGGAGGAAAGGAAGGAGGAGUACAAUAAGGCUCGAGCACGCAUAUUCAAUGCCAACAAUUCUAGUGGGAGUUCCAGUGUCAAACCUGUGAACAGUCCAAGGAAUCAGGAUAGUCACCAGCACGGUUCGUCUCAAACAACUAAGAUCGAAGAUGGAAUAUCUGCAGGUGGUGGAUCUGAAGCAACCAUAGGAAUAAGUUUCUCCGACUCUUCUACAUCUAGUAGUAGAUUACCUAAGAAUCGGAUGGAAAAUGAGCCAAUUGGUAGGCCAAAACCGAACAAUAGAGUGGCUAUCUUUCGAGAUCGUGAAGUUGAUUGUAAAGAUCCUGACUAUGACAGGAGCUAUGACAGAUACAUGCAACGGUUUGACCCUGGCUUUGGGUUUAUUGGAGGUCAGUACGCCAUUCAGCCUAUGUACGUACCUGCAGUAAACUAUAACACUGAAUUUCCACAGCUUGGAUCAAGCCACAGACCCCCAAUUUCUUCUGAGCCUCAACCUCAUUUGCUUCACCAACACUUUCCUGGGCCGUGGAUGUCUCCAUCCAGUCCUGCUGGUAUUAGUUAUGGUCCUGCAGAUGUCAUGUUGUCUCCAUUUACUUCAAGUCACGUCAAUGCCUGCUCCAAUGGUGGUCUCUACUUGCACUCUGCUCCUUACCCCUGCCAAAGAUCUGGACUGCCAUAUAUGCAUCCUCUUGAACAGAUUCACCAACCUUUUUCUCAGUCUCAUCAGCAGCAGCCUGAUAUGGGUUUCGGACUAGCCCGGCCCCGAUGAGGGGGCAUGGGCCAUGCCUGCACCCUAGUCUGAUAUAAUCGGGCUUGGUUCAACGAAGACUGCUAGGGCUGGAUAUAUGCCCGGUGACUAGGGUGCAGGCAUGAGAAUCUGGGAUGUUCUGGAUGGCAGCGCACACUCUUACAUGCAAUCCGCUCUUCCAGAGUCUCAGAUUGUAGCUCUGUGUUGCUUCGCAGAGCUUGUUCACAUUUGGCAGUGCAUAGAUUGAUUGAUGGAGCUCCCUAGAGCUCUGCAUUGCAAUUCUCAUGACAACGGCGAUCCAAAUAUUAUGUAUCGGUCAUGUUCUGUUGUUAGGCCCUUGAUGUCUGCUGUCCCUCGUUUAUGUGGUUUUCAUUCUGUUAUUUUUAGCGCAGUUCGGUUCACCUGUGUAUUUGUUGGCAGCAGCAGCAGCCGGGUACGAAAAAUAUGACUGGCGACUGAACAAGGAUGGAAGGAUGUUGGUGCUUUUGGUGGCUAAAUGCGACGAUAUUUUGGAGCUCUGGUAACAAUUUGUGGUUGUCAUUUUGUUGCUGCAUUGAUAACAAUGGACAUACCAAAAAAUUGGGGGUUUUUAUUCGAAGAAAUUUCACUUGAUUAAAUACCAGUUAGUUACAUAUAUUCAUACAUGUUCUCUUUAUGGAUGGCAUGGCAUGUUGAAGAUCUGCCGUGUUAGUUAGACAUGAAGAAUAUCAUGAUUACAACACAAUAUCAUCAAUAGUAUAAAUGUAGGGCUCCUAUUGCACA